UGUGUACGGCCGUGGAUGCCGAACGCAGCCCUGUGUGCCGGGUGGCUCCAGCCCCGUCCGGGUGGGCACAACCCCGUGUCCCGCGGCCCCGCGUCCAUCGGCCCCGUGUUCAUAAGCCCCGUGUCCCGCGGCCCAGCCCCGCGCGGCGGCUCCGUGCCGGCACAGCGCGGGCAGCCGGGGAACCUCGGGGCGGGGCAGGGGCGGCCCCACCCGGCGUGGAGUAGGCAGCGCGGGGGCCUUACGGCGGCAAGAUGGCGCCCAAAGGGAAAGGCGGUGGAAAAGGCGGCGGCAAAGCCGGGAAGGGUUCGGCACAUCCUGUGCGAGAAGCACGGCCGGGCCAUGGAGGCUAUGGAGAAGCUGAAGUCAGGACAGCGCUUUAGCGAGGUGGCGGCACAGUACAGCGAGGACAAGGCCAGGCAAGGGGGGGACCUGGGCUGGAUGACCAGAGGCUCCAUGGUGGGACCAUUCCAGGAGGUAGCAUUUGCCCUGCCUGUGAGCAGCAUGGACAAACCCGUGUACACAGACCCUCCCGUCAAGACCAAGUUUGGAUACCACAUUAUCAUGGUGGAAGGCAGAAAAUAAAAUGUGAAUGACCACGA